UUCCCGGGAGACGCUCUAGGCGUCCCCCGUCUGCACCUAGCCAGGCCACUGACCUGGGGAGAGGCCAAAGAGCGCCCAGCAACCCUGCCUGCUUCCUCAGGGCACACAGCCGCAAUUGUCCCCAGAGCCAGGUUUGUGGGACAAGACUGGGAACAAGACCUGGCCAGCUCCUAGGAGAGCGAGCUGCUCUUCUUUCCCAGGACCCCUUCCUCCAGCUUCCCGAGGUCUGCCUCCAGAAUCAAGCCUCUCCCUAGAGGAGCGGAAGGCAAGGCGCUCUUCUUGGCUCGAGACCACCUGGCCCGUUAAGGAAAGACAAACAGAUGUGGGAACAGGCACACCGGGCCUGCUCAGAGAUUGGCUUCUGAGAACCAGAGAGAUCUGCAAAUAAUAAAACAAUACUUUGUCUUUAGCUGCAUAUUAUGCACAGACUGUGAAGAUUCAUGUCAUUAAUCAAGUCUACAUAAACAUGUCCCCAAUGACCACCUUUCCUCCAGUUCCUGUGACGAGUAAAAAGCUUACAGUCUUAGCCAGACAGAAGCUGCCAUGCUCUUCAGUAACAGUUCCAAGGACUCAGCUGAUCAAAGAGAAAGAUGACAUAGACCAUUACCUGGAGCAGAAUUUCAAAGGCCUGUCGAAGGAAGAGGUUGCUGCGCACAGGAACUCCUACAAGAAGAGCGUCUGCGUGGACAUGCUGCGUGACGGCUACCACAAGUCCUUCACAGAGCUCUUCGCGCUGAUGGAGCAGUGGGAUGCACUGCGGCAUGCUGCUGAGGUGCGGUCCCUCUUCUGGCUACAGAGGCCGCUGGAGGAGCAGCCGGACAAGCUGGACAAUUUCUACCACUACCUGACCAGGGCCGAGACUGCGGAGAGACAGGGAUACUAUGAAGAAGUGUAUAACAACUUGUACGCUCUGGCCUGUUACUUUGAUAAUUCUGAGGACAAGUGGGUGAGAAAUCACUUCUAUGGACGGUGUUUUAAUAUUGCUCAGCGGGUCAAAGCUGACGGUGGGAAGAAAGAAGCAGAAGCGCAUGCUCACAUGGGUCUUCUUUUCGAGGAAGAAGGUGAGCUUCUGGAAGCUGCCCAGCAUUAUGAAGCAUUCCAUGAACUGACACAGGGACGGAUAUGGAAGGAUGAGACGGGUCAACUUCUCAACUUGCUGGCCUGUGAAAGUCUCGUGAGGACCUACAGAUUGCUGUCAGACAGAAUGCUGGAAAACAAAGAAUACAAACAGGCCAUCAAAAUUCUAAUAAAAGCUUCUGAAAUAGCCAAAGAAGGAAAUGACAGAAGCAUGGAAGGAGAAGCUGCUCUCUACCUGGGCUCGGCCCACUUGGCUGCUGGAGAAUAUGAAACUGCACUCACAGUGCUUCACAGGUACUGUGAGAUCGCCACCAACAUGGAUGAUGACCUUAGCCUGGGGAGAGCCUACGAGGUGAUCGCCAAGGUCCUGCAGAGCCAAGGCGAGAUGACAGAAGCAAUUAAAUACCUGGAAAAGGUUGUGAAAAUCGCAAGGAACAACUUCCAGAGCCUCGAUGUGAUCCGAGCAUCCACAAUGCUUGGUGACAUCCACAAUGAAAGAGGGCAGUACAGCAAGGCUUCCGAGUACUUCCAGCAAGCUUUCCGUACCACAGUGGAGCUCAUGAAAACGGAGCUGAUGGAUGAAACCAAAGUUCACUUCGGGAUAGCGAGAGCCCACCAGAUGAUGGUGAUGAUGAAGAACUACAUCGAAUCUGCAGACAUGGACAGCCUCAACUGCCUGCUGUCCUGGAAGGAGAGUAGAACUCAAAUCAAAUACGACCCAAUUCUGGGAAUGACUAGAAGAGACACAGAAGAUGAUAUAUAUCAAUACCCAGAUAAUCAGGAAGAAAAAUCAAGAUCUCCAGAUAAUCAAUGAAAGGAAACUUAGGUGGCACCACAUCAAGGCAAGAAGAAAUUUAGCACAUAGCCUUAGACUUCACUCCAUAGGAGCAUGUAAGAAGUGAUAGAGUCAUAAAAAAGAUUAGGGUUAUUUGUUGAAUUUUGUGCUGCAGUAACUAUGGCAAGUUUAUGAAGAUGAAGAACAGCUCACCUGGUUAGAAAGAUCAACAGUUAUGCAUGAAAUAAACUCUAAAAUGUCUCCUUUUA